CUAAGGGCAUCCUAGUCGUCGGCUGUGGUGUAGUAAUCCGUCUGGUGGUCACAUUCCUCGCACUGACUCCUUCCAAACUCACGAUCCGCGAGCGGAUAUAUGUCGUCUUCGCGUGGAUGCCCAAGGGCACGGUACAGGCCCUCAUCUCCGGACUAGUCUUUAACGAACUGUGUAAAAAUACCAAUGCCCACCUUAUUGACUGGGGUGUGACACACAACGGAAUCUUUGAUUUCACCUACGUCUUGUCUCAACUGGUAAGAUUUGUGAAAGUGCAAAACAGAACCACUUGCAGAUAUCUAAAGGCAUUUGUUGUAGUGGAUGUCUUGCUAUUUGAAAACGUCAGUUUUAAUUGUCUUUUUGUGCAGAUAGAGAAUUAUAAGGUGUUUCGAUCACCGAAAUAA